CUGGACGAACGUCUCAGGAAUGGCUCAGCUGUCCGUUCUGCUGCUGGGUGUGGGUCUGGCCGUAGCCCAGGGCGCGGGCCCGGCUCUGCCGACCGUCCGGGACCCGGGUUCGCUGCAGUACCUGCUGAAGGACCGCCAGGGCCUCUUCCACGCCCGGCCGCCGACGGCCGCUCCUCAGCGGUUCAACCAGCGUCACAGCGGCGGCCACCUGGCGCACGAGGAGUACAGUCGCGACCACGAAACCUACGACGAGCCGCACACCAACAGCUACCAGGUCUACGAUGAGCACCGUGAAACCUCACAACAACAGCUAUACAGGCCCCACGCUUCCAACCAAAUCAACACCCACGGCUUCCACACCAACAGCCACUCCUCCUUCGACAAGCCUCACAGCCCCAGCCACUCGAGCUCCAGUGGCUUCGCGCGGCCCCAGCGGCUCGCCGCCGCCGCCGCGCACUAUCGUACCCAGCUUCGCCCCGCACCCUGCAGUGACCGCCCCGCCGGCCACGCCGGCCGGCCCCAACCGCGACGGAUACGUGAACUACGCCACGCCGGAGCCGUACUCGGAGCCGCACGCCGAGUCGUCGUACCCGGCGGCGCAGACGUACGGCGGGUCGGGCGGCGGCCUCUUCAGCGGACUCGGCAACCUGGGGAAGUACGGCGGCGUGAUGGCGCCCGUGCUGCUGGCCACGGGCCUGCUCUUCCUGUUCCCGUCUGUGAAGAACAUCACCAGCACGAGCAGCCGGCGGCGACGCGAUCUGGCCGCACCAGAGGACGAGUCAACCGACCGCACCCGGGACCUGGUGGAGCGGCUGCAGGUCAUCUACGCAUCGUUGGACGAGGACGACCUGUGCACCAGUCGGCUCUUCUGCCAGCUGGGGGAGGUGAUCGCCGACUCUCCCGACCCGGCGCGCAUCAUCAGAUACAUGGACUUCUUCUAUCCUAGCAAAGAUCUCAACAUGAAGAUCAUGGAGAAGGCGGCGUAUGCCGAAGACCCGAAAUGUCAUCUGCUGGAAUGUGACACCUCAACCGAAUAGCCGUCCACUCCGGGGCCUGACGUGGUGUGAAUCUGGAGGCCGCUAGUUCCAGUGCCGCAACACAAAUAUGGAGUUGCCAGCAUGACGUUACUUGGUUGAAAGAAAUAACAGGGCGGAGUGUGAGCCCGUGAGUGGCCGACACGGCCGUCGCGAGGUGGUUUUGUCAAGUAGUUGCGUAGUGUGUAGUGCGUAAAAAGGCAUAGUAGAUUGUUGCAUACCUCCCGUUUGUAGUGCAUUGUAUGUUGCUGAGAUCCUUUAUGGAGGUUGACUGGCAAAUUUCAAUAUUGUGCCGCCAGGGGCGCUAGAUGUCGCACCUCUGAUUCAGGCGCUAGAUGUCACACCUCUGAUUCAAGUAUACCUGAAUCAGAGGUGUGACCAAGAGUGUGACAGAUCACCUCCGCUCACGGCGUUGGGUUCUCUGGAGCUCGCUCUCACUCAGCGCCCGCCUGUUUCUCAUGCGAGUGGUCUGAUCACGCCGAGGGAACAGGGCCCGGCUCGCAGGCAUAACCAGGGAUCGCCCGCAUGCGAGUAGUCUGAUCAUGCCGAGGGAACAGGGCCCGGCUCGCAGGCAUAAUCAAGGAUCGCCAGCCGAUGUAACCUUUGUAGUGACCAGGUGGGUGGGUGCGUGGAGAUGGGGUGAGGCAGGGAAUGCAGGCCACUUUGGUCAUGGCUGGCCUUGAACUUGCGGUGUUAUACAUCAUAGCACCAGCGUACUGAGGCAUUGGUGCCUCUGCUGAACACAGCUUUUGUCGGCUAUUCCAUGUGUAUCUUAAGCUUCGAAUGUUGUCACUGUCUUCGCCACUCGCCCGCGUGGCUUGACAAGUGUUCCUAGCUCAUUGGGAUCUCUUUUCCUCGACAUCUUGCCUUUCUUCAGCAACAUCACAAAUUAUCAAGUUUCCUGCAUCACUGUGACCUGAUAUGUUUGACAUUCCCCCAUUGUUUUCUUUGAUCACAGGUGCAUUACUGCCUUCGGGAACUGUUGCGUCGUGCUGCGCUUGCUCUGCUGCGCGUUGUUUUGUUUUUAUUGGACCGU